AUGGAUGCAGUUCUCGAGAAGGGCACAACUCUGUCCCACAACGAUUUGCUGACAGUCGCGCUAAGCUACGCCGAACUCUCCUACAAGUUGGCCAUCAAAAUUCUGCGAUCUGUUGUGAACGAAAGGAAAAGGUUCGAAAUCAUUAAGGAUCUCGUUGGUAAAGUCCGAAUCUUUGGUAACUCCAAUGUACUUAGACCAGACCGACCCACGGACUCGUCGUCAUCUUUAGAAUAUCAGCUGGUAGAAUCCGAGCUCAGUGAUGGAAGUUGGUUAGAAGCUGUGUCGCAUUGCUCUGCAGCUCACUGGAAAUGCAGGCUCAUGUAUGAACUGAUGACAAUCAGUCCAUCUCCAGAGGUGUUCAUGGAUGAGUCCUCCCCCUUUAGUUUGCAGCGCUUUCUUCAUUGUAUGCGAUAUGGUGCACACUGUCAGAAGUUGGCAUUCAUCAACUGUGGCGUCCCAUACGGCCAAGCAACCAUUGAAUGCGACUUCCUUGGUGUUCGAGUAGACGGCCCGCAUAUUGCAGCUAUGCAAAGGAAUCCUCGAUAUUUAUUCGAGUUCAUUCGGUAUGGAUUCGAUAUGAACGCUCUUACCUCGAAGACGUCACCAAAUAUUAUUGAUGCUGAUGUGACUGUCAGUGGAUUGUUAGCAAGCUUGAUCAAGAUGAAAAAUGGCAAUUGCUUCAAUGUCAUGAAUGGGAUGCCAGCUUCAGCAAGUCAAGAAAGGGCUCAAGCAGCUCUUAACCUGACUCCAGAGAAUCGGAAUGCGCUCACUAAUAUUUGUGACAUCAUUGCCGAUUGGGUGCGCUGUCUACUUAGCUUUAUUCGAGAUAAUGUUGAGCAGAAGUUGAUAAGCGAUCAGCGUUGUGAAGUGAUGUUUGAUCGAGCCGUUUCGCCAGUUCACACAAUUCGUGUAUCUACCGUUUCUGCAGAGUGUGAUGUGAGAACGAUCCUUUUUGGAAACGUUUCAACACCUCUGCUCUCUCGUAUUCUGGGAAUGAUAUCCAAAGGAAAAGCGGCAAUGGUUCUUUGCAUAUAUUCGGUGUCGAUCACAUAUGUACCUCCUACUGACAGCUCCUCAGACGGCUAUCCUCUCCCUCUUCGCGUGCGCCGUACGGUUUCACCUGGGUGUAUGGUUGAGGAAGCAAGCUUGUACGACGAGUUUCAAAACUACACCUGCACGUUACGCCCGGACACCUCCUCAACCUCCGAAUCUGAGUGGUACUUUGUGCUGGACGUCGAGUCUUUGAGUAGGUUUAUUCCAACAGUUCUGCUUGAGUGUUUUACUGCCUACCUGGAUUUUGAACAGUAG